AUGCAAAAAUUUAAAAGAUCUUUUGUUACAAGUGCUUCAAGAAUGUCAAAUAUCAUCACUGAAAAUACAAGACCAGAAUCUGAUAAAGUCUUGAAAGAUAUAUCUUCUUAUAUUCAUAAUUAUCAAAUUGAUUCUCAUUUAGCUUAUGAUACUGCUAAAUUAUGCUUUUUAGAUACUUUAGGUUGUGGUUUAGCUGCUUUAAAAUAUCAACAACCAAAAAAUCUUAUUGGUCCUAUAAUUCCAGGAACUAAAGUUCCAAAUGGUACAAAAAUUAUUGGUACUUCUCAUGAAUUAGAUCCAGUUCGUGGUGCUUGGAGUAUUGGUACCUUGAUUAGAUGGUUAGAUUAUAAUGAUUGUUGGUUAGCUGCUGAAUGGGGGCAUCCAUCUGAUAAUUUAGGUGGUAUCUUGGCCGUUGCUGAUUAUUUAACAAGAGCUCAUAAGGCUGGUAUUACAGGUGGUAAAAAAUUCACAGUUAAAGAUGUUUUAGAAGGUAUGAUUAAAGCUCAUGAAAUCCAAGGGAUUUUAGCUUUAGAAAAUUCAUUUAAUAAAGUUGGUUUAGAUCAUGUAUUAUUAGUUAAAGUUGCUACAACUGCAGUGGUUUCUAAAAUAUUGGGAUUAAAUUAUGAUCAAACUAUUGAUGCUAUUUCUCAAGCUUUUGUUGAUGGUCAAGCUUUAAGAACUUAUAGACAUGCUCCAAAUACAAUGUCAAGAAAAUCUUGGGCUGCUGGUGAUGCUGUUUCAAGAGCUGUUAAUUUGGUUUAUCAUGUUAAAAAUGGUGAAGGUGGAAUGCCAUCAAUUUUAACUGCUAAAACUUGGGGGUUUUAUGAUGUUUUAUUUAAAAAUCAAGAAUUUAAAUUUCAAAGACCUUAUGGUUCAUAUGUUAUGGAAAAUGUUUUAUUUAAAAUUUCAUUUCCUGCUGAAUUUCAUGCACAAACUGCAGUUGAAGCAGCUUUAACUUUACAUGAAAAUUUAAAUAAAUUAGGUAAAAAUUAUAAAGAUAUUAAAUCUAUUAAAAUUAGAACUCAAGAAGCUGCAAUGAGAAUUAUUGAUAAAAAAGGUCCAUUAUAUAAUUAUGCUGAUAGAGAUCAUUGUAUUCAAUAUAUGGUUGCAAUCCCAUUAAUUCAUGGUCGUUUAACUGCAGAUGAUUAUAGUGAUUCUAUUGCUUCAAAUCCAGAAAUUGAUGCAUUAAGAGAUAAAAUGUAUUGUGUUGAAGAUGAACAAUUCUCUUCAGAUUAUCAUUCACCUGAUAAGAGAUAUAUUGGUAAUGCAUUAACAAUUGAAUUAAAUGAUGGUACUAAAUUAGAUGAAGUUGUUGUGGAAUUUCCAAUUGGUCAUAGAAAAAGAAGAGAUGAAGGUAAACCUGUAUUAUUGAAUAAAUUUGAAAGACAUGUUUCUGAACAUUUUAAUAGUCCUGAAAGAGUUGAUAAAAUUUUAAAGGCAAGUUAUUCACCAGAUUUAGAAAAUACUGAUAUCGAUGAAUAUAUUGAUUUAUACGUUGAUUAA